AGGCGGGGCUUGUGUGUCCAUAUAAAAGGCUUAGGGGCCGCGGCGCAUGUCGCAGUUCUCUCGUACAAAGCCGGUGGUGUGGCUUUGGGGUUCUUUUUCAGACUCGUGAGGGAGACUGACCGAAAGAUGGCUGAGGCGAAGACCUGCAACAUGGAGGUUUCUUGUGCUCUGCCUGAGGGCAGUGUGAAGCCAAAUGCAGAAGACAUGACAUCAAAAGAUUACUACUUUGACUCGUAUGCUCACUUUGGCAUUCAUGAGGUAAGUGAACUCUCGCUCAGUCCAAUCUUUAAAGAUAAUAAUGUGAAUGUCGGGUUAUUUCUGACCAAUGCUUUUAUCUGUCUGCAGGAGAUGUUAAAAGAUGAAGUUCGGACACUGACCUAUCGCAACUCAAUGUUUCACAACAGACAUCUAUUUAAAGAUAAAGUUGUGUUGGAUGUUGGGAGUGGCACGGGUAUUCUCUGCAUGUUUGCAGCAAAGGCUGGUGCCAAGAAAGUCAUUGGGAUUGAGUGCUCAAGUAUAUCUGACUAUGCCAUAAAAAUCGUGAAGGCAAAUAAACUAGAUCACGUGGUCACCAUCAUCAAAGGCAAAGUAGAAGAGGUGGAGCUCCCAGUAGAAAAAGUGGACAUCAUAAUCAGUGAAUGGAUGGGAUAUUGUUUAUUCUAUGAAUCCAUGCUUAACACAGUUAUCUAUGCACGGGAUAAAUGGCUGAACCCAGAUGGAUUAAUAUUUCCAGAUCGUGCUACACUGUAUGUAACUGCUAUUGAGGAUAGACAAUACAAAGACUACAAGAUUCACUGGUGGGAAAAUGUUUAUGGCUUUGAUAUGUCAUGCAUUAAGGAUGUAGCCAUCAAGGAGCCUCUGGUUGAUGUUGUUGACCCCAAGCAACUGGUCUCAAACGCCUGCCUUAUAAAGGAAGUGGAUAUUUAUACUGUCAAAGUUGACGACUUGACCUUUACCUCUCCAUUCUGCCUGCAAGUGAAACGAAAUGACUACAUCCAUGCCAUGGUUGCGUAUUUCAACAUUGAAUUCACACGGUGCCAUAAAAGAACUGGCUUUUCUACAAGUCCUGAGUCUCCGUACACUCACUGGAAGCAAACCGUUUUCUACAUGGAAGACUAUCUCACUGUUAAGACUGGCGAGGAGAUCUUUGGUACCAUAAGCAUGAAGCCUAAUGCCAAAAACAACCGUGACCUGGAUUUUACUGUUGACAUUGAUUUCAAGGGCCAGCUGUGCGAGUUGUCCUGUUCGACAGACUAUAGAAUGCGUUGAAACUACAAGCAAGCUGACCUGCCUGAAGAAACUGAAUCCCAAUGCAUCAUGUAUAACAUUUAGCUGUGUGGUUUUAUUUACAUCGCGUACAAAGUUUUAACCCCUGCUGCUAGCCACAAAUGGGGAAUGUUUUAGAAGCCCAGUUCAAUGUAGAGUGCAAGGAGUUCCUUGGUUAUACCAAAAGCACUGAUCUUGUCCUCUACAGUGGCCAUUUAGGCUUGAGUAUUCAGCUCGGCUGGAUUCAUAGUGUAAAUAAAGAUCCAUAGUGGAUACAAACCACCUGUUUAAUACUGUACAACUUAAGAGCCCCCAACAGUUGUCCUGCCUUUAGCAGGUCUCUCUGGAGGCAUUCCUUUUUGUUUUAGUAGGGAAUUCAGUCAGAAUGAAUUGCUAGAAUUUAGGACUUCAUUUUGACUGUAGAGAACCCUAAACCUCCAUUACGGAGUGGCCUAAGGGGUGUCUACACUGCAAGAGUAUUCAGCCCCUGCUGGCAGCAAAGUGUUAAGCUCCAAAGUGUGCAUUCCCAUUUUCACUUUUUUUUUUUUUUAUUAAAUGGACACUAUCUGGGUGGGAUUUCUGUCCUGUUAGCAGGGUGCUGGUAUCAUCAGUAUCACUGUUUAUCCCUCAUGUGGAGCAGACCUCCAUCCCAUUGAGGGCAAAUGGGUCACUCACUUGGCUUGGUGUUUUGUACUGUUUUUGUAAGUCUCUCAGACCUUAGUAUGGAAAAGGACCUUCAUUUGUUUUAUGAUCUGUCAAAGCUUCCCAUUGUGACUUUCAUAACUUAUGGUUUUUAUAUGGUUGCAUUCAUAAUGAAAUUAAAAAGUGAACUGUG